AUGGCGGCGAUAGCGCGUGCGCAGCAGAUGGCAUUGAGCUCGGAGGAAGGAGCUGGCGGGUUGGGAUCGAGGAGCAAGGCGGAACAGUCCCAGGCGGGCAUGGACGCGGAAACCCGGAGGUCGAUCGGGGAAGGGGACAAGAAGUCCAAGAAAAGCAUGAAGACGGUCAAGCCCUUGACUGAGUGCUGCUCCUCUGAUGACCUUUCGCUCGCUCGACGCCGAACGUGCUUCCUUGGACGGGCAUGGCACCGGCUUCAGCUUGCCCUUGCUGGCAACCUUGUCAUUACUCUGGGCAAGUUUCUGGCGUACAUGCACAGCGGCUCUAGUGCCAUGAGCUCGGAGGCGAUGCACUCCCUGGUAGAUUCGGCGAAUCAGCUCCUGCUGGUGGUGGGACUCAGGAGCGCGUCCACUGCUCCCGACAAGCGGCACCAGUACGGAUACGGGAAGUCGGUGUACUUUUGGGCUCUGGUAUCGGCGCUGGGAACCUUCUGGCUGGGUGCGGGCGUAUCAAUGAGACAUAGCAUCGAGGAGCUGAUCAACCCCACGGUUGCUUUAGACAAGGUGGGAAUGGAGGUGUGGUCCGUGCUGGGACUCAGCCUGCUCGUCGACGGCUACGUACUGGUCAAGACGUUCGAGAGCAUCUGGCAAUCCAAGCCCAAGAACCUCAGCUUGAAAAAGCACUUGACGAACCUCCGAGACCCUACGACGCUGGCAGUCCUGCUGGAAGACGGUGCGGCGUGCGUUGGCGUCCUCAUGGCCAUGAGUGGCAUCGGAUUGAGCCAGUACUACCAAGCCCCGGUUUUCGACAGCUUGGCCGGCGUUAGCAUCGCGGGGCUGUUGGGAGUGAUGGGGUUGGUGCUGACUGAGGUGAACCGGCGAUUCCUCAUCGGACAGUCUGUCGAUUCUGAAACGACCGAGGGCAUCAAGGCCAUCCUCAUGAGCAGAGGCUCCAUCGAGCAGCUGCACCAGGUGCAAUCACAGUGGGUGGGGACGCACACGUUUGCCUUCAAGGCCGAGGUCGACUUCGAUGGCACCUUCCUUGCUGCUAAGCUCAAGCUCAACACCAGGUACGGCCAGGAGUUCAGGCAGCUGCUGGCGCGGCCUCCGGACGACAAGGGCAAGUACAAGGACCACGAGACGCUGCUCUCCUUCUACACGGAAGACGUCAUGCGAGCGGCAGAGCGAGAGGUCCGCGAGGCUGAGACGGAGAUUAGAAAAAAGUAUCCGGAGGCGGCGUACAUCGAGCUAGAGCCUGAUAGCAGCACCCACAACAUGUUCGCGCUGGAGCAAUUUCAGACUCCUGCCCUUCGCAAGGUGGAGGAGACGACGCUGAACCAAAUGCACGCGAAUCUGGUCAUCGCCAAGAAGGCCGCCGCGGCCGUUACCGCCGCCCAGGCCAAAGCACGAAAAGAGGACGCCAAGCGCAAAAGCAACAGCAACAGCGCCGAUACUAAGGCGGUGCCUCAAGCAAAGAGCCCAAACCCUGCAGGCGCCGAGGAGAUGUGGGAAGAGGAGCGCGGGGGGGGGGCGGGGGAUGCAAGAGGGACCGGAGGGGAUGACCAACGAGGGCCGGGGUAG